AUGAAGACGCUCCUAGAAGUGAAAAACCGUGAUAGUUUCCGCGGGUACGAAACAGGAUAUUUAUAUGUUCAUCUCCUAGCGCUACGUGUGAAUACUUCGAAGUUUUCUGACGUGAUUGUCACAGAUUACACGGGUAAUCCCGAUGUGGUGAGUGAAUGGAGUCGCGUUAACGUGUUUGGAGGCCAUGAGCUACCCCGUGAUCAAUUACUCAAUCUUCAGGUGCCAUUGGACGUCUUAAAAAGUCUCUGCUUGGACUACUCAGGCUGUUCUGACGGGAGAGCUCUUUUCAAAGGCAUUGAUGCACUUCAUGAGGAAUCCAAUUGGAUCGACGUUAGUACCCAAUUCUGCUUGGCAUACAUCGAGGUGAAGCUCCGCAAGACUGUCAGCAAACUCACAGGAACAAUCACAAGAGCUAGGAUUGCUGAUGUCGAUCGUACUUCUGAUAUCGAGGCAUUUUGGGAGAGAUUCUUGUCACUGCCAUUGAGUGAUAUACCUGAGCGUACUAGUCUCAAACCUUCUGACGUUGUGAGGAGACUUCAAGGCAUUACACCCGAAACAGAUCCAGACAAGUCCGUAGAGGCACCAGUGAAAAUUGAACAUCUGGACUCCGAGAUUGAUUCACAACACAAUUUACAGGACAUACUCGAACCGGCGUCACAAUUCAGCCAAUACGAUCGCCAACGAGGCAUUGCACCGGGCCAACCAGCCAUACAAGCACUGCAGCAACUGCAGCUUCUGCAAACACUGCAGGUUCUUCCUCUGCAAAUUGAACCGUCCCAGCAAAAUCCGGGUGCAGUUCAAGGGACUCAAUUUUUGACCCAAAUACCUCAAUCGCAAACACAGGCAAGUGACAAUAAUGACGAAAAACACCCGUUGCUGUUCACACUGGACUCCAAUGGAAGCGUCAAAAACUACUACACUUUGGCAGAGCUCAGUGCAAUUCCUUUGCGUCCCGACAAUAAGGUGUAUACCACCCUGGCCAUAGUAGCCGGUACCAUACCCAAGAUAUCUACUGUAAUUUCAAAGGCCUUUUCUAGAUCACAUGGUCAUCUUGAAUUGACGGACCCGGGAGCAUCAUUCCUCGAGCUAGUGCUCACAGACGUUGAACCCAUUGAACAAGGAUGUAAGACGACACUUUCCCAAAACAGUCUCUUGUCUGUUCAUAUUCCACCAAGCGAGAUCUCCAGAUUUCUAGGAGGAGACUUCCCUGAGCAGCUAUACACACAAUUACCGGCCAUUGAAGAAAGGUUUCAAAAGCGAUCAGCCAAGAACCUCUCAUUCCAACUUUCUCUAUCCAACACAAACUGUGGAUGUGUUUGGGUACCGCAAUCUCUUACAUUAAACGACUUACUUUAA